AUGAUAUACAAUCGUGGGAUUGUCACGCCCCGCAUGAGGACACUGCAUGCAUUAGCUCGAAUUUCUUUGGAUAGAGAGGAAGAUGCAGGAGGUGAGGCUGCUGUGCAUGAACGGCGGGACAGAGUCCGCACGGGAUCAUUGGCCCAAGCCCACUUAUGGCGUCGCAGUGGCCACAUGCAGCACUUCGCGGACAACAUGUUUGAGAUUGCAAACCGGAGGGAAGGAGCAAGCGACCUGCGUUCAGGGGAAAUGCCAAACGUAGCGAUGUCCGAAAGAGAAGAGUCCUUGGCCACCUUCGCUGACGAUGCUGGAGCCUCUUACCUUUUGAAACCAAUGAGCUGCCCGCUACAUCUUUCUUAUUUCUUCGAUCGUUCUGUAGGAUUCGGAAGGGGAGGGGAUGCGGUUCUGGCUUAA